CCAACUUACCCGCCACGCAGCCAAAGUCUUUUAGGAGUCGCGCUAGCUAUAUAUAUAUAUGAAAUAUACAUUAUAUGUAUAUAGAUAGAAUCAAGCCCCUUGCGCGAGUGUAUCAACAAUAUAUGUACAUAUAAGCGACGCUAUAGUGUAAGUCAGUUUCUCCGUACUUCGUCGCGCACGGCGUAUAUAAUAAUACCAACGUAGGCGGACUUUUUCGCGAACGCGCCUCGACGAUGUUUUCGAGUCGCGCGUUAUAAGAAGUGCUGCUCCGCUCUGCUGCUGCGUGUGUGCUAACAUAUAGAGAGGAUUCUUCGAGAUAAGUCUCGGGGCCCUCGAGAGACACGACUUAUCGGCGAGGCAUAUAUAUCCCCCCGCUUUCGAUAUACGUACACGAGAAGAACGCUUGGGUUUGGCGAGUGAUCAAUUGGUAAACUUUCCGCUUUUCCCGUACAACUAUACUGCUAGGCGCAAUAACUAUACAAUCGACUAGCAAAGCGACGUAGCUGCCGAAAGAGAGAGACAGAGAGAAAGAGAAGAGAAGAUUUGCGCUCGGAGAGGUUAUGUGAAACGGGACAACUGCUGUGUGCCGUAGUUAUGUACGAUAGGAAAUGAGUUACUACACUCGCCCGUUUGUGAAGACUUAUCAGUGAAAAAGGUUGUAUGAAUUGAAUAUUGAAGAAAGUUUUAUUAACUAGUUUGCAAUCAUGUGUGACCAAACUGCUAUUGAAUAUUUGGAUGGUGAUGUUGUAUGGGUAAAAUUAAGAUCUUACUGGUGGCCAGGUCAAGUUAUCAGUUUAGAAAAAUUACCAAAAGAAAUCCAAGCUGAAUUUGAAAAAAAGCCUAUAAUUGCUGCUGUAAAAUUUUUCCAAGAAGAUUCAUUUGAGUUUGUUAAAAAUUUCCAUCAAAUUUAUCAUUACAACUGUACCCAAAAAGAAGAAUUCAUUAGAAAAGGAUUAGACAAAUAUCGAGUUAAAUCUAAAGAUGGCUCAAAACUUAUGGAAAAAUUUCCUGGAGAUGUUAAAACAGCAGAAACAUUGACAAAUGGUGAUCCAAAUAUUCUGUCUCAAGAAAGAUUUAUGCCACAAAAACGGCCAAAUGUUUCAGACUUAUUUGGUAGUAAACCUUCACCUCAACCUCCAACAAAAUCAAGAAGAUCAGCUAAUUUGAUAGGCCAAAAAUCUUCAAGAGAUAGUAAAUAUGAUUCAGGUCCCAAAAAAAGGUUUUCGUGCAAUCCUGUAAUGAACAGAAGUAGUACAAGUGGAGAAUUUUCUUGUUAUGUUUGUGAUUUUUCUACGAACAGAGUAAAUGUGAUAAUAUAUCAUUUAAAAACUCAUUAUUCUGAAAAUGAUUCUAAAUUACAAACAAAACUUGUAACACCUCAGAAAAGUAAGCCCAAAACUCCCCAAGCUAAAGCAAAGAAAAUUGUUAAAAAGAAUGUAUCUCAAACUAAUGAUGAUACCCCAAGAAAGCCCAAGCCAGCAACAACAAAUAGCAACAAAAGGAAAAGUGUCACAGCAGAAAUUGAAAAACCACCAAAAAUUAAAAAAUCUGAUCCAGAAAUACGUGAAAAACUAUUGGCUGAUUGGAAUUUAGACUCUGAUGAUGAUGAUCUGUGUGAUAGCCCAGAUUCUGAAAAUAAAACUAAAAUUGUACAAAAAGAAGAUGUCGAUGAAGAUGAUAAAGAUAAGGAAUUGCUCAAUGAAUCUGAAAUGUUAUUAAAUGAAACUGAAGGUUUUACUUCGUUGAAAAGCCCAUCACAUGAAUCAACAAUAGAUUUAUCUCAAGAAAAGGAAAGUGAACAAAAUAAAUCAGAAGAAUUACAGAAGUCUGUUACAAGUGUUGUGGAAAAAACAAAGUCUUCUGAAAAAAGUGAUAGUAAUUUAGAUAAGUCAAGAGAACUGUCUUGUUUUGAUUUUAAUGAAGAUGAUGUUGAUGAUAUUAAUGUUUCUUCAAUUCGUAAGAACUCCCAAGAAUCUGGAAGUCAAGCUAUUUCAGAUAACAAACUGGAACUACCAAAAGAUUCUGAAACAAAAUCAAUUAUUGAAAAGACUGGUGAAAUUGUAAAAAAAGUAACAGAAGAAACAAAAGUUGAAAAAAUCAAAAGUCCAAGAAAAAAGUCUGAAAAUGAACUUCACACAGAUAUUUUACCAUCUUCUCCAACAAAGAGCCCAAGAAAAAAAAGUGAAGGAAGUGAUCAAUUAACAGAAAUUUUACCAACCUUGCCUGUAAAAAGUCCACAAAAAAAGAAUGAAAGAAAUGAACUGCAUACUGAUGCAGUAUCAACCUCACCAACCAAGAGUCCAAGAAAGAAGGUUGAGGAAAAUGAUCUCUCUACAGUAGCUGCAAUAACCUCCCUAUCCCCAUCAAAGAGUCCAAGAAAAAAAGCAGAGGGAAAUGAUCUUUUUACAGAAACAGCACCAACCACCCCAGUUAAGAGUCCGAGAAAAAAGAAUGAGGCAAAUGAACUAUUUACAGAAGCAGUACCGACCACUCCUGUUAAAAGUCCAAGAAAAAAGAAUGAAGCAAAUGAACUAGUUACAGAAGCAGUAGUGACCACUCCAAUUAAAAGUUCAAGAAAAAAGAAUGAUGUAAAUGAACUUUUUACAGACUUCUUACUUAUAUCCCCAGCAAAAAGUCCAAGAAAAAAAGGUGAGGGAAAUGAUCUUUCUAUGGAUACUGUAGCUACCUCAUCUUCAAAAAGUCCAACUAAAAAAAGCGAAGGUACUGAACUUCAAUCAAACACCUCAUUAAUUUCACCUGCCAAAAGUCCCAAGAAAAAAAUCGAGGAAAAUGAUAAAAAAGAUACUCUACCAGUAUCGCCAAUGAAAAGUCCAAGAAAAAAAAUUGAGGAAGGUGAUCUACAUUCAAGCUUACCACCAUUAGGAGCAAUCAGUCCAAAGAAAACGAAUGAAGGAUAUCAAUUAAAUACAGAUACUGCUUCUACUAAUUCAAAUCUUACUGUGCCACUUCAUGAUUCAAAAGAUGAUCUGAAUUGUUUGAAGAAAGUCGAAAAAAAUAUCGAAGACGUUAAAUCAGAAAAACCUGUCACGGAUCACGUUAUGCAAAUUAUCACCUCCGUGAGUCGAACACCUCCUGAUUUGGAACCAAAAGUGACUUUGCCCAAAAAAUCGCCCGAAAAAAAGCCUCGCAAUUUAGAUACAGCUACGAUCACAGAUAAGAAGCUAGUGGUCAAGGCCGUAUCGUCUAAUCUCAUCAAAAGGGACGAAAAGAAAGAAAUUCCAAGUACAUUGAAAAGUAAUGUAGAAAAGCCAGUGGCAGUCAAUGCUGCCGCGCCGAGCGUUCAAGAUGAUAAAAAACCGAAGUUGCAAUCGAACGAGGUCAAAAUCUCAACCGCUGCGUUAUCGCAGGAACAGAAGAUCAUCUUAUCUCCGAGCAUCGUAAAGUCACCCGUGAAAUUGAGCGCGCUUGAUACUUCUAUCAAGACAGACAGUGGCGUCGUAGCCGAAUCGAAGACGGUGACGCCGAAACGCGAAAAGCCCAGAAUCAUCGAGAACGUCACCUUGGACAGACCAAUGGUAUUUAAAACCAGAGCCAUUAGCUCUCGCGGCAACAAAUCUGCUGAUUCGAAAAAAAUUAACUACAUCAAGGCGGACACUCUGAAGAUGUUGACGAAUAACACAUUGGUGCAAGACAGUGGCGUGACCUCGAUCUCGACUACUCCGAAAACCUUCAUCAUCAAUCAAGUUGGAGCCAAGACUAGUCCCAAGACGCUCGCGAACGCUCGGAUAAUCGAGCAAGUAGAGUCGCCAAUGAAGAAGAAGAAGUUAACUCACAAUCUCGGUGUGGCGCGCACGGACAUCAGCUCGAUACUAACGACCGCCGGAAAACGAUUGAGUACUCCGGUGAAGUUACAGCAACAUCAGCAGUUGCCCGCGACGCUGACCAGCAAAUCCGACGAGGCGAGCGGCAAGGCCCUGACACUGCAGCUCGGAACGUUGCCAAAGGUUAGCUCGAACAACAGCCCAUUGCGAGCCGGCGUUGCUACGUCCACCGUUAUGAAGAAGCAAGUGGUAACGUCGAAGGCUACAAGUUUGAACGUCAAGCCUACCGACAAAUAUAUUGUUAAAGGUAUGAUGCCGGCCUCGUCAAAUCAAUUUCAAAUAAUCGUGCAGACGUCGACGUCGAAGAAUCAAGACACGGUCAUUCAGAGGGACAACAAGCAAACGGUCAAGCCAGUCUCGAAAAAUACAAAAAUAAUUCAACAUCCAGAUGGAAAAGUCAUAAUCAUGUCCAAUAAUGAUCAGACAGUACCUAAAAAAAUUGUACAGAAACGAUUUUCCUCCGACAUCCCGUUGGAUAAUGUUCCCACACUUAUCGAUAACAAAGUUCUCGUAUCGGAACCCGCCACAGGCGCCAAAUUCGGCGGCCAGAAAAAAAUUCCCGGCAUCGAGAUAUCAAAUUUGAAGCAAAUGCAAAUGGGUAAUCCAGGUUUCAAAAAGGUGGUGCCGCAGCAGUUACCCGCCAAAAAAGACGACGUUAUGGCGACACUGAACUCGAGCCCAAAAAUCGCUGAAAAUGUAGCGAGAAAGGCAGUCCUGACUCCGAUUACCGGCUCUCGCAUCAAGGCUCUGGCUGCUAGCAAAAAGACGACGGUAUCUCCUGUUGCAUCGGUAAACAAGGAUACACCCGUGAAAAAAGUCAAGCCACCGACGACUCCGAUCACGCCGAGUACCCCGAUCAGUACCGUGACAAUAACGGUACCUAAACAAGUGGCGACGGAAUUGCAACCAAAGGUUGCCCCGAAACCGAAAGCAGCAAGAGCUACUGGCAACAAAAGAACAGCAACGCCCAAAAGAACUGCCAAGACUGUCACUACGCCUGCAGCAAGUCCAAUGGUAACACCUGUUGUUGCUCCUGUAGUUGUUCCUGCGAAAGAAGUUGUCGUUCAGCAGCCACCGGUCAUCGUUACUGAACUGCAGCAACCGAAAAUCGUCAGUGAGCAACAGCCACAGAUACAGCAGCAACAUCUGCAGCUUCCUGCGCAGACUUUUAGCAUUACAUUGCCAGCAGUAAGUGGGGACAACAAAGAGACGCCGGUAAUAUUUACGGAUACACCCGUGAAUCUAGGAGACAACAACGAAACGUAUGUUCUUGUCACUCUCGACGAGCAGGGCCGUUACAAUCCGAUCGACAAUAAUUUCAUCGUGAUGGGUGAAAACGGCACUGUUUUCGAUCCGAAUUCGUUGGAACAACAGGUCUAUCUCGUGGAUAACAAUCCGAUCGUGGAUCUGCAGCAGCUCGAAGAGGGCAAAGGUGGCAUCGCGAAAUCGUCGUCGACCAUCGAAUUGCCUGCAGGCACGAGCCUAGCCACGGAUAAUAAUCAGUUCGCCGUCGUGACCGAACCACAGGAUACCUUGACGUUCGAGAACAUAUCUCAGACUAACCUCAUAAACAAAACCAUUUUGCAAUCGACGAUCAUACCGCCGAAAGAGCCGAUAUCCUCGUCUCAGGUGCUAGAAACCUCCUUGACUCUGAAUCAGCCCAUAAUGUCACCGUUCGAGAUUCAGAGCAACGGUACGACUCAGACUUCGUUCACGGUAUCGUACGUUCCCAAGAGCGAGUCGUUCGAAACGGCCAAACAGGCUGAGAGUGUUGUUUGCAUGGAGGGACAGAAUGAAACAAAUGCCGCUUCGACGAUCGCCCAAAUGACCAUAUCGGAAAAAUCAUCGAACGAUGAAAAAAUUCAGGAACCAACCUACGUUCUGGAUCAAAAGAUUAUCACUCAGGAUUCUGGUAGUACUGAAAUGUGUGAAAAAAUGGAAACUGAAAAUAUUCAUAAUUCUGAUGAAGCUGCUAAAGAUGAUUCAAAACUUAUGACUAUUGAAUUACCGAAUGCAAAAGAACGUACAGAUGAAUACGAAGGAACUCAAGUGUACCCUCUUGAUAACAUUAUUAAAGAGAUGUCGUCAGAUCUUAAUAACGAAGGUAUUAGUUUCGGUAAAAACGAUGAUUUAUUCUUGAAAUCGGGUGAUGUUUCUGAUGAAGUAAACGCAUCGUCAUAUCAACUCAUCAACGAGGACGAAGUGGCAGCUUCAUCAUACAUUCCAGAAACUCCAGAAAAUCAAGACGGAGACCAAGAUCAAGAUAGUGCAAUAAGUACAUCGUCCUAUGAAAUAUUACCAUGUGAUGAAUUGAACAUAGCCAAGUCAAAAAUCAUUAAUGACGUACCUAAUCAAGAACAUUUAACUAUUUGUUCCGAAACGUACGAUCAUACUCGAGAUUGGACAUCAAGUCAGGUUUUUACGCAGUCGGAAAAUGAUGAAUACCAAGUUUUACAAAUAAGUACUCAACAAAUUUCUGAUAAUAAUCAACUGGAGGAAAAUAAUUUUCAUGAAAAUUGUGAGAAAUUUCCUUAAAAAUUAAAUUCUUAAUGAAUUUAGAAUAUCUUGAAACACAUUACCUUGCGGUGAGCUAUUAUUUGGAAAUUAAUUCCAAUGAAAAAGGCUAACAAACUAUGCUGAAAAGUAAAACAAUCUCAAGUGUUCUUAUUUACAUGUAUUGAAUUGGAUUCGUUCUUGAAGACAAGGCUUUUAAUGAUUUCCUUUUUUGCAUUAAUUUUAAAAAUUGGAAGAACAUGUAAUGAGAGCAUGUAUAAUUGUACACGUGUACAGAAAUAUAAGUAAAAUAUAAAUAGAAACAUAA